AUGCCGACUCCUCAUCCCGAAAAUGAUCUCAUCAAUGAAAAGGCCUCUGUUGAACAAAAUGAGUUUUGUGAAAAUGAAACAACCGCUAACUGUUCUAAAAGUAAUGCAGAUCCAAUUGUGUGUAAAGAAGAUGUGUGCGAUGAGGAUGGAGACUGCGGCGAUUCAAAAAUAGGAAUCGGAUAUUCAGGCGACAAUUCAGAAAAGAGUGUCACUGAAGAUCAUGGCAAUGAAGACUCAAGCAUCAAUGCCUCAGAAGACGAGCAAGGAUCAGAAAGUUCAAGUGAAGAUCAAACAACAAGUGGUGAAAGUCUCGAAUUCCCUAGUGAUGAAACCCAGCAAUCCUCAAGUGAAGAUCAAACCACUAAUGAUGAGAGCUUUAAAUGUUCAAAUGCUGAAACCAUCGAAGACCAAGACUCAGAAAGUUCAAACGAAGAUCAAAGCUACAAUGAGUCAAGUUACGAAGCAAGUGAAGAGCAAAGCUCAAGCGAGGAUAACACGUCUGAAAGUUCAUCCGAUUCAGACAGUGUUGAAGAAUACUCAGAAGAUGAAAGCAGAGUGGACAAGUAG